CGCCAAUUUGCGGCAUUACUUUAGAAAACUGCAUUGUAAAUAGCUGUAAUAAUUGCACAGAAGCAUGCAUUUCUCAGGGAAUAACUGCUCGCCACAUUAUCGUAGCCCCAACUUGCAGCACAGACAAAAGUCGUCGCUGUCUCGUGUCAAUGUGCAGGGAAGUCUCGAGCUUCGUCGACGGCGUGCAGAGGCCAGAAACUAUUUGAAAUGGGGCUUUAUAAACAUAGUUCUAUUGGCGGUGCUGGCUUUUGAUAUAUGCCAAGCGUGCAUUAGUGAUAAUUCGCUUUGGUACCAGGCCGAGUACACAGUUGGCGUGCUUAUUUUUCUGAGUGCGGUCGCCUGCAUUGGCAAGUACAUUUGGUGGCUAAUGGUGGACAGUGGUCCAGUUUCCGUAACUGAGCUGCAACGGUGUCUGCUGGAUGAAACUACUGAUAAUUUGAGAACUCUUAGUAAAACGCCAAAGCCGCGCUCUUACGAACUGGACUCCGAUGAUAAUGAUAGCGGGCCCAUCAUCAAUUGGCACUCUUCCUUUGAGGACAGCCGCUGGGGCACACAGUCGCCACGCCGCAGUCCCAGUCCAACACGCACUCCCCAGCAACAGCAGCAGUUUAACAAUCAAUCGUACAACGUUUCCAUGGGCGCUAAUAACUCACUUAAUGCCAGCAACCUGAGCAAUGAGUCUGCCUACAUGUCGCCAUACGCAGAGGUUUGCCGCGACGAUUUCCCAACGGAUGUGCGCAAGCUGCCGGCGCUGAUGAGGAGAGCAGAGCGAGAACGCGAACGCAGCUAUGCCGAAUUGGCGGAUGCAUCGAAUGUACAAAACAUGGAUUCGAGCAACUCUUUCUGGAACUACUGCAACAAUGCAGCUUACAUGCUUAAGCGAUCCAUUUACCAGCUGGCCCCAGCACCUGUAGCCUCCACUGAGAAUGCACCAACAUCCAUUGAAGAGUUUGGCAUCGUUCAGUUCAAGGACAGCAACUCUGAGGUCAUUAAACGCAUCUCCACGGUUAAAUUGUCGCAAUAUUUAAGCAAUCUCAGAUAUUGGAUAUCUACAACCAUUUUGCAGCGACUGGUCAAACAGAUUGAUCAUAUGGAUGAAGUGUUCCGACAGCGUGGCCUAAUCGAUUUGAAGAUCGGCGCUGUGGGCCUGGAGCGUCUACGCAAGAUCUCAGAGAACCAACAGUUCGUGCAGAGCUGUGCACCAAUGCUACCCAUGCUUCUGCCCUUUCUCGAUACCUUCAACAAUCAGGAGUAUCUGGUACAGCGCAUAAGGGAACUCUCACAAGGCUCCUGCAUUGGCGACUAUCGCUGGAACUCGGGCAAUGCCCACAACGGCCAGGAAUGGGGAGAUCACCUGCCCACAGACGCUGCCAUACUUUUCCAUCUGUUUUGCGUGUAUUUGGACAGCCAAUUAAUGCCACUUCCUCAAGGCGGCGGACGACCCUUCCACUCGCGGUAUGUUCUUACUCGCGAGGAGAAACGUUCCACAAAGGACAUUAUAAAUGCAGUUAAUAACAAGGCUCACUGCGCCAUACUCAUUACCAACAACCAGCUGAAGCCAAAGUUUAAUUUCAUCAGCGAAAAGGAGCUGCACAACUGCGCCUACGAUCGAAACAAUUUGUUUUACGUUAUCAUACAGUUUCUGAUUUAUAUGCGCUCACACCAGGAAUCGGCGCUCGAGGGCGUCAAUUUGGGCAAGAGCGGCAUUAACAUAAUGUGCGUAAUCGAAGACUGAGAGCAGCUGCAUCACAUUAAGCAGCUUGUGACUUGUGACUUGGCCAACCGAAUGGCCGUUACUCUUAAAUUAUAUAUAUUUCUUAUUGUAUUGUUAUAACCUGCCUGACCCGUUGCUUCAAGAUAUUAAGCCAUUAAAUUAUGCAUUGUAAUUAUCAAGUCAAUUGCCAAGACAACAACAAACUGUAAA